CAUGUGAAGGAGAUGAGAGAGGAGGAGAUGGUAUUCAUUGGUAUGGCGCCGCCUCCACGACCGUCGCCGCCGCCACAGCAGCGGCUGGCCGAGGUGGAGUCUGCCCGGCGCGAGGUGCAGGCACGUCACGAGCAGCAGUACCAGGAGGCGCUGGUCACCGUCAAGGAGGAGCUGCGCCGCCUGCAGGCCGUCCAGAUGCGAGAGGACAUGCAGGACCAGAUCCGGGCCUGGAUGGUCAAGGAGUGGGAGGAUCAUGGUGAAUUUCCUGAUCUGCCCAAGGAAGAGGAGGGUGGCUCCGCCGCCAUAUUUGAUCCCGAUUUUGUGCCGCCUCCGAAACCAGCAAAGGAGGAGAAAAAGGGCAAGGGCAAGAAGGACAAGAAAGAUAAAAACAAAAAGAAGGAGGGGAAGAAGAAGAAGAAGAAGGGUGACGAAGAUGAGGGUUUCAUCAUGCAGCCGUCUAAGUUCGUACCCGCCAUCAUAGAGGCCUGCAAUGAGUACAACGAGCACUGGAAGCACAAAGAUGAGAAAAACAACUUUGAACAGAAUUUCGACAGUGAGAUUGUGCGCAAGGACAAGCUUCAUGAGCUGGAGACCGAAGUGAGAAAAGACGUGGAUGAAGUGAUGAGGGAUGAGCUGGAACGCUUGAAGGAAGCGUUGGAAAGAGACAGGGGGAAAAAGGGCCGCAAAAAGAAGAAGAAGAAAGGGAAAAAGAAGAGAAAGAAAGGGGGCAAGAAGGGAAAGAAGAAGAAAGGGAAGGAUUUGACACCGGACAGAAGCCUUGAGUCAUUAGUCGAGGAAUUGGUGGAAAACAAUGUGAUGAAGCUGAUUCCGGAAAAGAGGAUGGCUGACUUCAUGGGGUACCCUGCACUGACCGGCUCGCUGCAGCGACUCAAACACGAGGAGGCACGUCCGCAGCUGGGCGACGUCCGGCGGGUGCUCACAGAGUACUGCGUGAUGCCCAUGGGCUGUCCGGCGGUGCACGAGACGGCGCCGCUGGUCAAGUCCGUGCUGAUCGCCGGGCCGCCGGGCUCCGGCAAGAAGCACCUGGUACACGCCAUCUGCGCCGAGUCGGGCGCCGUGCUGUUCGACUUGACGGCAGCCAGCAUCGCCGGGCGGUACCCGGGCAAGGCCGGGCUCACCAUGCUCAUGCACCUCGUCAACAAGGUGGGCCGCCUCCUGCAGCCGGCGGUCAUCUGGAUCGACCGAGCCGAGCGCACCUUCGUCAAGAAAGUGCCCAAGACGGACAAGACGGAGCCCAAGCGGCUCAAGAAGGAGCUGCCCAAGUUCCUGAAGGCGCUGACGCCGCUGGACCGUCUGGUGCUGGUCGGCACCAGCGAAUCUCCUUGGGACGCCGACCAGAAGGCACUGGGCCAGGCGUAUCAUCGCGUGGUGCUGCUGCCUGCGCUAGACUACGCCAGCCGGCUUCAGCUGCUGACCCGGACGGUAGCGGUGCCGGGUGUGCCGCGCCACCCCAGCCUCGACCUGAGCACGCUCACCAAGCUGACGGACGGCUUCACGGCCGGACACUGCCUGGACAUGGUUCAGCAGGUGGUCACCGAGAAGCGUAUUGUGAAGCUGAGGAAGCGGCCGCUCAAGACGGCCGAGUUCAUCCCCGUGCUCUCCACCCUGCAGCCCGUCAUGAGGGAGCAGCAGCAGAUGUACUACACGUGGCUGACCAAGACGCCGCUGGGCAAGAAGCGGGCCAGAAUGUUGGAGGCCGAGGCCGAGGAGGCCACCAAGAAGAAGGCGGCCGUGCGGAGGUGAUGUCGGUGACGCUGAGCGGCCAUGGCCCAGUCGGGCCCGGCGCUGGAGCGGUGGCAGCGGUGGGCGGCGCCCUGGGUCAAGACAGAGCGUCUUUUAUAUAUAAUAUUGUCAAGUUUCUAGUCAAAUUGUGAUUUUGUGCCGGCACUUUCUCGUCAGUUGUCAAACGUCUCCUCAAGCGGCAGACCCAUGCUGUAGCCAUCGUAGCAUCACGCAGCAUUCUCAAAGCACUCGGGAGUUGAUGACCACUCAAGACAGGUGGCUAAAUGUCCGUAGAGAGUAGACACUAGCACUAAAAGCGCCUGAAAAGCAUGCAUCGGCGCAGCAUACUUCGGUAGCGAAUAGGCCAGAAGUUUGCGAAGCUGUCGUUGACGAAAGCAUUCGUCCGUAGUAUCCGCCGCCCCUUUCUUUCCGUUUGUAGGUGCGUUGUCUGAUAAGUACUUACUUACAUAGAUAGGUAGAGACAUACACAUAUUUCCAUAGAUAAAGAUAAGUGUCCUGCCCGCAGGAGUU